GUCCUAGGAAGAUUUGAGAAAAGGCCUUUUUUUUUUUUUCCUGAAAAAAGUCUUUAUUGUAAAGUGGCAGUCAGGUUUCUAGGACAGGUGACUUAUGUAGUCAUCUUGAUUUGCUCAUUGAUGGCCAUCCCAAAUUACUAGAUGUAUAUUAGGGCUGAGUAAAAAACUCCCAUUCUCUCUGAAUGGAUUGACAAUUUCUAAUGCUGGUUAUUUGGUGGCAUUUGACCUAAUUCCCUCCCAUAUGUAUGUGGCAUUUUAUUUCUCCCACCCUCCUUUUCCCGUUUUUUUCUCCUUUUUUCUUUGUUAUUCUUGCCAGAGGCCUGCUAGUGACACUCAAGCUUAGCCCCUCAAGAGAGAAGUAAAGAAAUUGCCUUAGAACAUAGCCAACUGAUGAGCUAGAAAGAGUUAUGUUUUAUGAUGUAAUCGGGUAGGUUUGUUUUCUGACUGCUCUUUUUCUAGUGAUCUUAAGUUGGCAGUUUGAAGGGCAUAGAAACUGAUUUUUUGUUUAUUAGUGUUGUGAAUUGAAGAGAGUAAGAUUUAAUAUGUAUGUUUUAGGUAUGUUACUGAGGCAUGAGAUUUACUGGUUUGGAAAUCUGACUUCAGAAAGGGGAGAGCUGUUUAAUGUGUCUGUGAAUGGGAGUAUGAAAGGUAUAUAGGGAGUGGUUUGGAGGUAAUGUGGGACAAAUUGUAAUUGGAGGUAGAUGUUUCUAAGAGAAAUUUUAAAUGAGAGUUACUUGCUCAGGACAAUGAAAUAAGUAAAUAAAACUAGAAAGAAAAAAAAACCUGAGUUAUACAUCUUUGGUUAUGAAAAAGCUAUUGAUUGGUAAUUGGAUGUUAUGAUGCUUUAUGCAAGUUAUUUUCGGGUGUAGGAUGUUUGCUUUUCUGGGACAAAUUAAGUAGAAAAAUUGUGGAAUGGCAACUUACUUGGUCAAGACAAGUUAUUUCUGGGUAGUUAUAGACUAUUCUCCUGGGCUCAUAUUAAAAUGUAAUUUAUCUUUACUUUUCAGAACAGGCUUAAGUUAGAGCAUUUGGUACUGCUCUGUUAUUAAAGCUUGAGUGUUUGGUGGCCCACGUACAUUUCUUAAGAGAAUAAUAACCAGGUUAAGAUAUUAAAUUGCAAUUUCAGUUAUCUUUUGUAUUCUACAUUUGCAAUCUUAGCAAUGUAUUUAGCAUGUAGACUUAUGAGACAGAAAGUUAUGUUUUAUGAUGUAAUUGGGCAGACUUUUUUCUGACUACUCUUUUUCUAAUGCCCAAUAACACCGUGUUUCUGGAGUUAUACAAUAGACCCUCCAAACUGUUAAGCUUCUGUUUUCCCACUUUCUCUAACUUUAAAAUUGUAGAAUUCUCAAGUAAUCCCUGUGGCAGACAUUAAUAACAUGACAUAACGUUAGCACAUCUUGGAAGUUCUUAUAUCCUUAGUAGGGAAAACUUAGAUUUCUUUUUCCAUUACCCUCUGAGCAUUUAAAAUUAAUAUAAGGAAUUUCUAUAUUUGUUUUUAAAAUUCAAGUAUAUUUGGAUCAACUGUUUUCUAGUUUAUUGUAUACUAGUUUAUUGUAUUCUCAGCGAUUUUGAUAGAUUGCUUUCAAGUUUAAUUUUACCCAGAUCUAUACAUUAGUGAUUGAAUCUCUUUAAAGAAAACUUAGAAAGAGGCUCUGAUUUUAUAAUUGGAAGAUAACCAUUUUUUUAAACAAAUGUCAAGUUCAUUAACAAUAGCAAAAUUAUUUUUAUUAUGACUUAUUUUAUAGAGUUAGCACCUCAUAAGAUUUUCACAUUUUAUUGUCAGAUUUUUAAUUAAAAUAUUAUUACAUACUAUAACUUAUGUCAGUGCAAAACCCUUAUGAAUUUUUUUUAAAAGAAGUGAAUUCCCAAACCUGUGUUAAGAACCAGUGGUUUAAUGAUUGUGAGACAAGUCUUUGGAAGGCUCUUUGAGUCUAGUCAAUGGAGAAAAACGAUAGCCCAUUUCCAUGCUGCAUACAGUUAGGAUUUGUAAAAGUUGUCAAUAUGUGAAAGUGCAAAUGCAGGACAGACUAUGUAAAGUUGCCUAUAAAAAUUCCAGUUUUCAUUAUUUGCACUAUUUCUCUUUGCACUUGAUUUUUUGAAAGUUAAGGCUAGUCACUUUCACUUUUGUUUCUAGUCUUUUCUAAUUUCUUACAGAAUUUUUUUCAAUAUCCCACCCAAAGCAAAUGCAAUUAACUUAUAUGCAAUUAACUAUACUUUAUAAGUCCAAGAAAAAAUAUUUCUUAGUAUAAUCUAUUAUAUAGAAUAAAAAUUUGUUUUGAUAAAAUUUUUAAUAUGGGCCUUUUAUUUGCCAAGAAAAUCCUUUGUAAAUGUGAGCUUUAUUAUAGUAUUUGAGUAGACAAGUGAAAGCUUAGGAUAGGAAAAUGUUAUAUAUAUAUAUAUCUCUAUAUAUAUAUGCAUAUGAAAUUAUGUCUCUGAGAUCCAAUUUCCAGCCUAUGAUGGUCGGUUUUGGAAUGUUGAUUUGUUUUCACUGAGUCAAUGAGAUUUGAGUCUUGCUGGGUAUUGGCUUAAAAAACUGGGUGGCAAGUGGCAGCUCCCUCUUUCAUGUAGUGUUCCAUAGUAGUUGUAGAGUUUCCUUGUGGUCUAUGUGAAUAACUGGUAUUGAAAUUAUUUUAUUAAGUGAAUAUUCCUUUUUGGAAUUCCAGGGUGACUCACUUUUUGAGGGGGGAGGGUAGACAGGGGUAAAAGACUAUUUUAAAUAGAGGCAUUCUUAUAACUUUAAAAAUGUGCUAUAGAAAGAUUAAGAGAACAAAAAUUGUAUCUGUGAACCUUAUUUUUUUGUCUUAGAUUGUUGCAACACAGUGUUCAGGAUUGCAAAAAAGAAGUUGACAGUUUUGUCAAUACAACAGAAGUAUGUUUUGGCUAAAAUUAUAUUUUAUAUGUUUUUUAAUUUCAUUUUAUAUUAACUUUCCCAUAGCCACUUAGGGAUUUCAUACUUAAAACCAAGAAGUUAGAGGCCUCUUUUCAGAUCUGGUUUAUUUUUGGAAUGCUUGAGUGUGUUUCUGGAUGGGGGUGCAGGGAUUGGUGUUUAAUUCUUGACAUGCUCUUCUCAGCAUGUUUUGCUAGUCGUUCUGGACCUUCUGUUUGCAAAUUUUGUUGAAAAUUCAGUGAUGUAUUUGAAAUGAGAAAAUCCUCUGUGACGUAGUAUGAAUGCUUGUGUUGUGCAACUUGUGGCUUUGUUUUUAAUUUGCGUAGAAAGUUAAACUUCUGUUCAGAUUUUAGGUUUAUCUAAUCUAAUUGUGCCAGUGGUUGUAUAAAUAUGGACCAAUUUUGGGGAACGAAGAUUGGCAAACAUAUUUGACUCUGGAUAAUCUUUUACUCAAAAUUGUAAAUAAGAGGCUCACAUCGUUGGUGUUGUCUAAGGUUUUAUGUUACUACUAGUUCUUUACAUGUGGAUAAUGAUCAGCAUUAUAUAUAUCUAUGAAUGUCCUUUAGGGAAAGAGAAAAAUUCAGCCUCCAAACCUCUUCUUAGAGACUAAAUUUACCAUAUAUGGAAAGUUUUAAAAAUUAGAAAUGACUGAUUAUUUUUAAUAGAGUUUAAUCAGCUUAAUUAUUUUUCCCAGCUUGACGCACUUAUUUCCCAAAUGUGAAUAAAGGGAAAAGAUCAGCAAUUUGGCCCUUUUCUGUUGAGGCCAUUUUUAGUUUUCUGCCCCUAUUCCUCAAUCUUGUAUAAAAUGAAUACGGGUAUCCUUAUAAUUCCUGUGACCCCUUUUUGAAGUCACAGAUAUCUCUGAUAAUCUGAUGAAAGUGAUGGACCCUUUCCCCAUUAAAAAAUAAUAAAAUGCACAUACACAGGUAAUUUUGCAUAUAACCUCAGGGGCAUCACACAUCUUCUAAACCAAGGAUCUCUGCUCUAAGUAAAUUCUAUAGAAAAAUGCUUGACAAUUGAUAAAAUUAGAAAAUAUUGGCUUAAGACAUUCCAGAUUGGAAUUUUUGUUAAAUGGUGGCCCCUACUAGCAAAAUGUGACAUUGCAACCAGCUUUGUUAGACAUUAAAACAUCCAGAUGGAAGAUAAAAGAAGCAAAGUUCUGAGAGCUAUUUAUAAGGAGUCAGGGCAUCUCCAGACAUGGGAGCCAUCUCUCGACAUGGCUCAAGGCAGGGGUCAGGGUGCCUGACAGCUUCUAGCAGGGUAGAGUUUGAUAAACCACAAUGCUCAGGAUGCCAAGGGGUUAGCUAUUAUCUUAACCCCUUUCUCACCAAAAGAUUUUAGUUUUGUCUAUUGGAAAACAAGAUGCCACUAGGGAAAAAAAAAAUGAUUUGCCUUAUAACUUUGCUGGAACACAUCAGUUUGGUGACAUAUGGGACACCAGUAUUUUUGAAAAGGUGCAUAAAACCAAAGUAAAUUAUUCUCUAUGUAGAACAUUAUUUACUAGUAACAUUUGUUUGGAUGUAUUAGCUUUGACAGUUUUUACCAGUAAAUAUUGAAUUUAUUUAAAACUGGGAAUCCAGUUUAUAAAUAGGAUAAUUUCUAUAUCUUUUAUUUCUCCCAUGUAAAGAAUCGUUUAAAGAUUUAUGCAUACUUUUUACUUUUCUCUCUUGAUGCCAUGGAUAGGGUGGGUCGGGUGGGGGGAGAUUUUUGAGUCAACAAUUGACAAAAUGUCUUCUCCAAAUUGAAAACUGAGAAGCAGCACUUUAAGUCUAACUCGACACCGUUUUAGUGCAUGAUUUAGUUUUAAUAAUGAUUUUUGGUGCAUGCCUUUGGGCUUAUUCAAAAGUGUACAAUAGGAAAGUAUAUUUCCUUUCUUAGAAAGGAGAUGUUUUUCUACUUUGCAACAUGUGAUUACAAAAAUCUUCCUCUGUGGGAAGAUUAACCAUGUAUUGAACUACUGAAAAGUAUAUAUUUUUAGAUAUACAGAAGGAAUCUACAUGGAGCAGCAUUUAGACCUAUAUAGAAGUCAUAGCAUUCUGUAUAGGACCAAAAAGGAAAUAACACUAAACACUUAAACAGACUUUGUUGGGUAGAAAUACCUUUAGAUCUUGCAAAGACUUCCAAAAAAGAAAAUGCCACAGAAGUUUGCUGAAAACUUUUGUUGUUUGAAUUUUCUCUGUCAGUGUAUUUAGCCCAAAUACGAUGGUUUUGGGUUAACACAUAAGAAUAAGAAUUUUUUUAAAAAGUUAACUAACUAGAUCAUUCUGGUUUGCCAAUACAGCUUGACUGAAAUAAUCACUUGCAAAAUGAAAAACUGUCCAACUCCUCUAAGGUUUUGACAAAAUAACCUUGCCUGUUGUGGGAAGAUUCCCACUUUGAUUUUUUGACCUGACAGUGAAGAUUCAUGCUUGACAUGAUUUCAAACCUGACAGUGUCUGUUUAAGGAGCUAUGGUACAGUUUGCUAAUUCAAUCCCAGAUAACUGUUGAUUACCUGUGAGAUCUAGAGUCCAAAGUAGCCAGCAGCCGUAUCCCUGAGUGCUCUGUGCCCAUCAGAUCUCUUAAAGUAAGCAAGGGUGGGACAGGUCACAGCUCAGAUGAGUGACCUCAGGUGCUGUGAACAGCCCCAGAUUCAAGAAUUGUCUGCCUUCUUGGGAUUCAUCACUGAACUAAUGUCCCACAUGGUAUUACUUGCUGUAGAUGCUCUCUCGGAGGAGGCCCAGAGGAUACAUCCUAAUUGCUUGUGGUAUUCAGAGAGGGGGUGCUAACUCUGAUACCCAGGCCAGAUUCCAGUUUAGGGAUGUGGGUCUUCUUCUUGCCAUUCUAACUGGAAAUGUGCAUCACUUCCCAUUUUUCUUGUUGAUCUCAGUGCAAAUUGCACUAGUCCGUUUCUUUGCCCAGGUCCCAAAUCUCUAAGAUGCUGGUGUGUAUUACAUGGGUCAAGUUCAUGCCUUAACUAAUGCACAAGAGUUGAGCAGUAAGGAGUUUGGUGUAAACUGCUCUAGAGUAGGAGGGUAAACUCUUGUGAUGGUUUGGGGGGUGAAAUUGACCCUCUUUUAGCAUAAUUUGGGGAAUGUGCACUGGCCGGAGGCUUCCAGCCAUGAGGUGUGAGCUGAAACCUAUUUCCCUCUUUUCUUAUAGCAUGUUGAGAAAAUCUGUUGGGUUUUCAGCAGUCAGGGAAGGCCGGAGUUCUGCCGCUUUAAUCUGGGUAACUGAGGCUGGUUUGAGCAAGACUUUGGUUAAUUAACUGGGUUCUCAGAUGCCACAGACUCCGUGAAAAGUCACCAUUAUUUUCAAUGGUUGUGAUAGAAUUUCCCCCAGUAGCCAUUAUUUUAAAAUUAUAUUGCAGAGUUGUUUUAUUUGAGCUUUUUGUGUAUACACAAUCCCAAACUGGAAGAAAUUUUUAAAAAGGAAUCCUGCUGUGAAAGGUAUAUAUUACUCUAGAUUUUUCUUACUGUAAAUAUUGUAAGAUUGUAAUACUGUCGAUAUUUUAUUAACCAACAAAUGUUAAUCUAUGUGAAUUCAGACUUAUUUUAAAUGUGCUUCUUAUUUACUGUGUGUGGUCCCUGUUGCUGACAGUAUUAAGUUAUAUUCUGAUGUAAGAUUAACUUUAUUAAAGAAUGUAAACAUUAAUGUUUCCUUAUGGGAAAACAAAUAAAGUAUAAAGAAGACAAUUCUUUUAAUUAAAAUAUACUGUGUAUUUACACUUGCUAGACCCAGCACCACUUAUAAAUUUAGUACACUAUUCAGAAUUUUAGUUAACACAGCUGACAUGGUUGUGCUCUGUUUGACAGUCUAAGAGUAGGUAUUGUUGGAAUACAAGCAGUUUGUAUUUGUCUGCUGUGAAUCAUCUUGAAAUUUCUAAUCAAGUUUGUAAAAUUUUUAUAGUAAAACGUUUUAAUGACAAUUAAAAAUUUAUCUUCUCUAAAGAAUGGUCAAAAUAAUAUCAUUUCAGAAAUAGAAUUGUUCUUUAAUAUCUUUCCAAAAUAACUUUGGUUAAAUGGACCAGAUGUAUAUUAGCUAAAAUUUAGGACAAAAUUGUGAUAUUCUUUGAGUUUACAAGUUAAUCCUUAUUGGAAAUGUGCCAAUUAUAUAGUAGAAUAUCAUUAAUUUGCACUGUUUGGGGACCCCAUUAAGAAUGUUGAAUUUUGCCAACUAAGAAGUAAGCAAAUGCAAUUUAAAAAGUAAAUUUGAGCAUUCUGUAUUAAAUAUGUGCAGUUAUUAUCACAUGAAGAAGCGCAGUGUGUCGGGCUGUAAUAUAACCAUACUUGCUGUCAUGUUCUCCCAUCUCAGUGCUGGGAAUUCACCAUGUGGAAACCAAGCAAAUGUGUUGUGCAUCAGCCGGCUUGAGUUUGUUCAAUAUCAAAGCUGAAACUAGCGAGGUCUGCUGUACUGCUUAUUGAAGUAUUGUGAUUCUUUUAGGCAUUGAUUCUUAUAAAAUAUAUACUGUAACAGUAUACUUUGUACAGAUUUAAAUUUUAUUUGAAAAAAUGAAAUAAAGUAGGCAAAAAAAUAAAGAUGUUUAUUUUUCAUGUGACUAUAUAAAUA